AUGAGUGAAGAGAAGAACAAUGCUUGCGACUUGAUGUUGGAUCGCUUAGCGCAGAAUGUGUCGCGGAAUCCUGCAAAACGAGCCGUUGCAUUCUUGGCCGGGGGGCGCAACGGAGGGAGUCUCCAAAAAGAGUUGACUUAUCAAGAACUGGAGACCGAAACAACGAAAGUAGCGAAACAUCUUAUUGGGAAGGGUAUCGAAAAAGGAGAAUGCGUGGUGUUAGUCUAUCCUCCGUCACUGGACUUUAUGAUAGCAUUUCUGGCGUGUCUCAAGGCCAAUGUCGUGGCGGUACCUGUGUUCCCGCCAAAUCCCCUCCGUCGCGAUACCUUGGCGAUGUUUGCCAACAUUGUACAAGGAUGUGGUGCCAAACACGCCUUGACGAAUACCGAAUACAACCACGCCAAAAAAAUGGCCGGCAUCCGUGACGUUUUUACAAAGUUUCAACGUCCGACCUCGGGGUGGCCAGAUGACUUGGAUUGGACUACAACGGACACUCUCAAAGAGCCGAGAAAUUCUGUCAACUUGCCGCAACCCCCUAGCGACCGAUCGCAAGUCGCCUUUUUACAGUACACAAGUGGAUCGACCAGCGAACCCAAAGGUGUAAUGAUUACGCACGGCAAUCUUGCUCACAAUCUGACCAUCAUUACUAACGAUUCUCAAGCCAAAGAUGAUACAGUUGUCGUAUCUUGGCUUCCCCAGUAUCACGAUAUGGGCUUGAUUGGUUCGUACCUUGGCGUCUUGUUUUGUGGUGGGACGGGGUACUAUCUGUCACCCCUCUCCUUCCUACAACGACCCAUGGUCUGGAUAGAGGCAGUUUCCCGGUAUCGGGCCACCCACUUACAAGCUCCCAACUUCGCGUUUAAGUUGACUGCGCGCAAAUUCAGUAUCGAUGCCUCGAACACUGAACUUGACUUGUCCAGUGUCCGGCAUGUCAUCAACGCCGCCGAACCAGUUGAUGAAGAGUCUAUCGAUAACUUCUACAGGAUUUUCGGCAAGUACGGAUUUGCAAACGUUAUUUAUCCCACCUACGGUUUAGCAGAACAUACUGUCUUUGUAUGCUCGGGUGGCAAACAACGCCUCACUGUGGACAAAGCCAAACUCGAAAUUGAUGCCAAAGUUGUUAUUUUAGAGGACGACGAUCACCAAAGCACUGAUAUCAAGGCUGUUUCCAAGCUUAUUGGCUGCGGCUUCCCUUCUCGUCAAAACGUUGACGUUCAAAUAGUGGACCCAGAAAGUUGCAAAGCUUUGGCUGGAAACUUGGUCGGUGAGAUCUGGAUUCGUUCGCCUAGCAAAGCAGCCGGCUAUUUCAACAAGCCGAAAGAGACAAAAGAAGAUUUUCACGCGGGUCUUGUCAGUGACGACGGUAGCAGCAUUGGCAACGCGGUAGGUGGUUACCUGCGCACUGGAGACCUUGGCUUUCUACACAAACAUGAGCUUUUUAUUUGUGGUAGGCUGAAAGAUCUCAUUAUCGUCGGUGGCCGGAAUUACUACCCACAGGAUAUAGAGGCGACAGCUGAGGCUUCGUCGGAUCUAGUGCGACUAGGGUGCUCUGCUGCUUUUACAAUCGAUCCAACCCAUGAAGGUGGCGAGGAGGUUGCGCUUGUUAUGGAACUCAAAGAAGCGCCAUCUUUGAAAGCUACUCAGACAGUUUGUGAAUCACUGGCGAACCAGAUCAAGUCCGCUAUCAAUCAAGAACACUCCUUAGGACUGACAGAUAUUGUGUUUUUGCACCCGCGCACGGUUCCGAAGACGAGCAGUGGGAAGAUUGCACGGUCCUGGUGCCGAAAGGGAUUCAUCGCAGGAUCAUUAAAGAUAAUCUUUCGCAAAUCAUUCAAGAGUCAAUCAUUUUCACUGGAGAUGGAGGAGACAACAUUUGACACUCCUACGCCUCGUCCGGUGUCUUCGGAUCAAUCAAGUAAAAUUCGAAGCAUGGACAAGAAAGAGAUUCUCGCCAAGCUUUCGACCGAUAUCUCUCGAGUCGCAUCUAUUUCUCCCGAUGCGUUGGACAAAAGCGCAGCUCUCAUAUCCAUGCUCGACAGUCUUUCGCUCUCUCAAUUCAAAGUGGAAGUGGUAAAAUUAGGUUACGCGCCUGAUGACGAAGCAAAUACUACCCCUGCAACCUCUGCGUCAAACGGAGCCAUUUCAACGCCUGGUCAAGCUAAAGGCAUUGCUGGGGUUUUGGGCUGUCCACCCGGAGUGGUGUGUACAAUACUCUAG